AUGGGUCGGCGUGUUGUGGACAAAGGAAGAAAUGAGCCCACCGGUGCAGUGGGCAUCGAAAUCAGUCUUCAAGGUGGAAGUCUUUCUACAUUUUUACUGAGUUGCUGCAAAGAGAAAUUUCACUUCUUUCUCAUUUUCAUCUGCAAUGGUGGUCACGUGGGUGAGCUGAGCUCUGUCACUCCAGGAGGAGGAAACCCUUUCCUGGUGGGCGCCCAGCGCAGAGGCCGGCGAUGCCGGAGCGAGGCCGGAGCAAGGCCGGCUCUAACGUGCUGUGAUUUCUGUCCCCCUUCUCUUCUAGUGUCUGUAUUUGUACUGAAAGUCCAGGUGAAUGACAUCAUCAGUCGUCAGUACCUGAGUCAGGCAAUUGUAGAAGUAUUUGUAAACUACACGAAGACAAAUUCCACGGUGACUAAGAGCAAUGGCGCAGUGUUGAUAAAAGUACCCUACAAGUUAGGACUCGGCUUAACCAUUGUUGCUUAUAAAGACGGCUACGUGUUGACCUCACUGCCGUGGAGGACCAGGAGAAUGCCCAUAUAUUCAUCAGUUACACUUUCACUGUUCCCGCAAAGCCAAGCAAAUAUAUGGCUAUUUGAAGACACUGUUUUGAUUACUGGAAAAUUAGCUGAUGCCAAAUCUCAACCAAGUGUCCAGUUUUCAAAAGCUUUAAUUAAACUUCCGGACAACCAUCACAUUAGCAAUGUCACUGGCUACCUUACAGUGCUGCAGCAGUUUCUGAAAGUGAACAAUUUUCAGUAUACAACCGGAAUCACUCUCAAUAAUCCAGGUUUUGAAAACACUGAAUUGACUCCUCUCGCUGCGAUAUGUGUGAAAAUAUAUUCUGGAGGAAAAGAAUUAAAAGUGGAUGGUUCCGUCCAAGUGUCUCUCCCUCUUCUGAGCGCGAAUCAUCUAAGUGCCGGGGAUCGCAUUCCUGCUUGGACAUUCGACAUGAACACGGGUGCUUGGGUGAAUUCUGGCCGAGGAGUGAUCAAAGAACAUAAUAAUCAUUUAAUUUGGACUUACGAUGCCCCGCAUUUGGGCUACUGGGUUGCAGCUCCACUUCCAGGAACUAGAGGUUCAAAUCUAAGUGAAGAUUCCAAGGACAUAACAGCCUACCACACAGUGUUUCUUACAGCCAUAUUAGGAGGAACAAUAGUCAUCAUCAUUGGAUUUUUUGCUGUACUCCUUUGUUAUUGCAGGGGCAAGUGUGGUACUCCACCAAAAAGAGAAAGAAAUAUCACUAAACUUGAAGUCCUCAAGAGAGACCAGACAACUUCAACAACACACAUUAAUCACAUUAGUUCAGUCAAAGUUGCACUAAAGUCUGAGGACGAGUCACAGUUAUUCAAUGCCCAUAACUCCUCAUACAGCCCUCAAAAGAAGGAGCUAUCAAAGGGACAACCAGAAGAAAGAGUUUCCAUGGUAAAAACUCGGGAUAAUUUUAAAAUCUACAAUGAAGAUGUUUCAUUUCUACCAGUCAGUCCGAAUAGUUACUCAAGAAGACCAACACAGUCUUUGGAGCCCAAUAUGGGGACCAAACAACCUAAGCACAUCAACAGCAACCUGUCUUCCUCAUCAGGAGAUGCUCUUGAGGAGAAGCGGUAUUUCACAGGGAAUGAGGAGGGGUUUGGGUGUUCCCAGAUUCCAGAGCAGCUUAUGCAUAUCUACAGCCAGCCCAUAGCCAUCCUUCAGACAUCCAACCUUUUCUCCACUCCGGAGCAAUUACACACUGCAAAGUCAGCUACUUUGCCAAGAAAAGGACAGUUAGUCUAUGGCCAGCUGAUGGAGCCAGUGAACAGAGAGAACUUUACACAGACACUGCCCAAAAUGCCAAUGCAUUCUCAUGCCCAGCCCCCAGAUGCCAGGGAGGAGGACAUCGUCCUGGAAGGUCAGCAGAGCUUGCCAUCCCAGACUUCAGAUUGGAGCCGGUAUUCCAACAGCUUACUGGAAUCCGUCUCUGUUCCCGGGACACUGAAUGAAGCCGUCGUAAUGACUCCAUUUUCAUCAGAACUUCAAGGAAUUUCAGAACAGACCCUCCUGGAGCUGUCCAAAGGAAAGCCCUCCCCUCACCCCAGAGCUUGGUUUGUGUCUCUUGAUGGAAAGCCAGUCGCACAGGUGAGGCACUCCUUCAUAGACCUGAAAAAGGGCAAGAGAACCCAGAGCAAUGACACAAGUCUAGACUCUGGGGUGGACAUGAAUGAGCAUCACUCAAGCCGGAAGCUUGAGAGGGAGAAAACAUUCAUCAAAAGCAUGCAUCAGCCCAAGAUCCUGUACUUAGAAGAUUUAGACCUGAGCAGCAGCGAGAGUGGGACCACUGUCUGUUCUCCUGAGGACCCUACUUUAAGGCACGUCUUGGAAGGAGGGAGUGGAGUUAUCAUGGAGCACCCCGGGGAAGAGUCCCCUGGAAGAAAAAGCACUGUUGAAGAUUUUGAAGCCAAUACUUCCCCCACGAGAAAGAGGGCCAGACCGCCCUUAGCCAAAAGAGACAGCAAGACUAACAUCUGGAAGAAGCGAGAGGAACGCCCACUGAUCCCCAUGAAUUAGUUCCAGGGCUGGCUGUGUCCCUGCCUCUUGUGUUGUGUAUUCUUGCUUCUUGUUGUGAAUCUCAGUAUGAACUUCUUAAGAAAUUGGGACUGAGCCAUCUUAGGGUCCCAGGACAUGUCUCAGGCAGAUGCUUUUUCUGGCCUAUUCUUUUCAUUUAUGUUUUGAGUGAUGAAUUUAAAGUAUCUAAAUUUUCAAAAUGUAAAAUAGUGUUGAGAUGUGCAUUACCCAUUUGGCAAUUUGGUACUGACUCUUCUACGAGUGAGACAGUGAAAUGUGUGCUCCCAAAGCUGCUCCCCCAGAUGCUGUCUCUGCCUUGAUGAUUACCCCCAGGGACAUUGAGAAAUGAAACUCUUCUCUGGGCCUCAUCCACGUGAAAUGUUACUGUUACGUCCUCCUCUGCCUAUGCUUAAAAAUAACCUGAUCAAAGUUUGGACUGGUGUUAUCCUACAGUUUAAAGACCAAGUAACACUUUCUUUGUUUGAGAUAAAUAGCAUGUGUGUUGUAUCACCCUAAAGUAAACCCUACACUCAUACAAGGUGGGCAAGAGGCUUUUUGGUCAUUAGACAGAGAGACAUCAGCUCUUGGGUUGUUUUUGGCUAUAACUUUGUAGAAUAAAUAAGGAAUCAAGUUGUUAUAUAGAAAUUUGAGAAGUGAAUACUCUGAUACUGGAUUUUUAUUUUUAAACUUUUCUUUUUCCUCCCAUCAAAGAUUAAGUGACCUUAGCUAUCAAGGAAGUUUUCUUUUUUUACCAAUUCAAAAAACAAAACAGCACAAGAUGAAACUAUGAUAUGCGUAAGUUAAAAUCAGUUUUGACAUACUCCAAAAACCCAACCUUAGUCACUUAAAGGCCAGCAAACUUGAUUUUUUUUUUGGUACUGGGGAUCGAACUCGGGUCCUUGCGUUUGCACAGCAGGUGGCGAAACUACUGAGCUAAAUCCCCGGCCCAGAAAACUUGAUUUUAAAGAUGAUAUGAGAGUUGUUUUUGAAUGUUGAAAAGUUAACAAAAUAUGUAAAGAUAAAGGAAAUAAAUGUUUCACCUCAAUGAGAAGAAAAAAGCCAUUUUUCGGGAUACUAAUUAGAAAUGUUGACAUUUUUAAAGGAAAAGACAUUUUUGAGGAAAAGGGGUUCAAUUUCAGGAGAAGAAUAAAUUUUUCCUUAUAUCACUUGUAGCCUCUGCAACUUUUUCUGCUUGGUUUUAGAAGCAUUACAUCAAAAUCUUUUUAAUCAUAGCGAAGAAUUUAAUGUGAACACAUUCAAUAUUUGUUUUCAAUUAUAUCUUCAACUCUGAAGUAUCAUUCAUAUGUCCUAAAAAUAAAAGCUCUUGUAAAUUAAAAUUAAUCCACUCCAUUUUUCCUAAAAAUUUCCGAGAAGACAUGUCUGAAACAUCUUUCCCUUUCCCUUGGUGGGAAAGUAAUGAAACUAAAUUGCUUUUCUUUUUAAUCAUCCCCUACUAUUCAACACAGGAGCAACAUAGAAACUCAAGCCACCUAAACAAGUUGAAA